CAGUUUUUCAACAUGCAAUUUUUAAACAACUUCAACAUUACUUAAACAUUAGACUAUUUCUGUACAUUAAGCAACAGCGCGAAAUUCACUGUAUAUUAUUUUUUUGUGUGGAGGUUAUGUGCAGUUUAGACAAGUAUCAUUUUGUAAAUAGUAAACAUAUUUUAGAAUGAAUUUGCAAUCGCUAUUCCAAGACUUUAAUCCAAGCAAGUUCAUUGUGCAUACCUGUUUAUUGAUAUUCACUGCACUGUUUGCAUUGCGUAUUGACAAUUACCUGACAUGGUCAUAUUGGUGCAUAUUCACACCUAUUUGGGUAUGGAAGAUUCUGGUGAUCCUGGGAGCAGCUGUCGGGAGCUAUGUGUGGUGGAGGUAUCCACAUUUCAGAAUGGAAGGUGAAGCGUACAUCCAUUACAAAUCGAUGCUGAUAUCGCUAGCAUUGCAUUUAAUACUCUUAAUGUUCGAACUGCUGGUAUGCGACAAAUUGGAGUCUAAUAGACAUCUGUGGAUUUUAGUUUUUAUCCCAUUAAUUUUUAUAUCUAUCGUCAGUAUAGCUGUGUGCAUAUGGGCAGUGAAACACGACAGAUCAUUCGAGCUGGAGCUGUUCUGCGCUGUCAACGUAUUGCAAUUCAUUUUUCUUGCGCUAAGACUGGACGGUUUCAUUGCUUGGAGCUGGGAGGUCGUGCUGGUUCCCCUAUGGAUUGUCAUGUGUCUUUCCUUAGUGGGAGUUUUGUAUACAAUAAUAUUCGCCGGUAUACUGUUACGUACACCUGAAGUAAAUGCUCAACAGAGAAGGUCGAGUUUCCAAACUGCAGUAGGAUACACGUUUUUGGUCAUACCGAUAUUAAUAUUUCAAGUACUUUUAGCCAACAAAUUGGACGACGAUAUUAAGAUGAGUUUCACAGCGGUGGUUAGUCCAUUGUUUGUAUCUUUUGUUACUUUAAUCUUAAUGUCGUUCAGCGCCAAAGGAGGAAAUAAAUGGUGGUUCGGGAUGCGCAAGGACUUUUGUUCUUUUGUGCUUGGAGCUUGCCCACUUCUGCAGGAAUACGCAAACAUUGCAUACAGCAGCGAACGAAGGACGAAUGGCGUGGAAAUGCAGCAGCAGGCUGACAAGAGCGAUCCUAGGAAUUUGAAGAAAGCUGAUAUGUUCAAGCCCGUGCUGCCCAUAGUUUCCAUUGAGAUGCCCGACUGAUAAACUUUAGUAUUUUUUUUUUUACCACUUUACAACGUUCGCAAGUGGUUUGACUGUCUGAGAAAAAUCUCGUACCACGUAUCAAUCAAUUGUUUUAGUUAUAAUAUACGUGCGAUGUACUUAAUUUUCGUUUUGCGAUUUGGGAUCAUUUGUGACUAAAACGUUGUUUAAUCCAGCACACGUGUAAAUAAUAUGUUAAUAUAUAUGUAUAGAUUAUGUGCUUCCCUCACUAUUAUUUAUAUGUUAAUA